AAAUGGCCCCUCUCUCGCCUCCUUCUUUGACAUUUCUGCCACAUCCUGGUCUCUGCUUUUCCCCUUUCUACCAUUCCACUCCCAAGUCCGCCGGGCUCCUGUCUGCUUUGUAGGCCGUCUCUGUCUUCCAUGUGUCUCUCCUCCUCUCUCUGCUCCGCUCUCCCCCUCAAACCCUCCACCCAACUCUUGACUCUGGACACCCAGACAUUCGGGACCUAUAUUCCACACUGAGCAUGGCGGACCGGAAGACUGCCCAGCCCAGGAGGAAAGAGAGGAAGGAAGCGGCAGCAGAAGCGCCUAAAGACAAAAAGGAAGUGGCGAUGCAGGUUGCGGUCGGCGCCGUGGACGGAGGCCAGCCGCUGGGGAACGGAGAGGCGGAGGCCGGCGCCGCCAACGGAGAGGCUGUGGAGCCCAUGGAGCUGCCUCCGUUUGAGAUCAUCACAGGAGACCGCAUCGACCCUUUCGCUUUCAAGUUUCAGUUCAAGAACGUGGAGUACUCCUCAGGGCGGAACAAGACCUACCUGUGCUACCUGGUGGACAAGGGCUCCGCCGACGGCCUGGCCCGGGGCUACCUGGAGGACGAGCACGCCGGGCUGCAUGCCGAGGAGGCCUUCUUCUUACAGAUACUGCCUGACUACGACCCCGCGCUCAAAUACAACGUCACCUGGUAUGUGUCAUCUAGUCCAUGCACGGCCUGUGCGUCAAAAAUCGUGGAGGCUCUAAAGAUAAGGAAGAACGUCAAACUCAGCAUCUUUGCCUCCCGGCUGUUUGAGUGGGAGGAGCCAGAGAUCCAGACGGGCCUCAAAGCCAUGCAAGAGGCGGGCUGCAAACUGCGGAUCAUGAAGCCCCUGGACUUCUCAUAUAUUUGGGACACAUUUGUGGAGAACGAUGAAUGUGACCUGAACCUCUGGGAAGACUGCAAGGACAGCUAUGAGUAUUACCAGGAGAAGCUGGCAGACAUACUGCAGUACUAGCCAGAGAACACAGCUGACUCAACACAGAACAUCAUCAUAACUCGAAGACCACCUCUACUGCAUCAGCCUCCAUGUUGUUCCCCUUUUGGUGAUCGAUCUGUAUUGUCCCUAAUGCACAAUUGUUUGUUUUUAUCUAAUUGAGUAGAUGUUUUUUUAAUUACAAAAAUUUAAUAUUUAGUUAUAAAUUAAAAUUAAAAAAAUAUUUUAAGAGAUAUUUUAAGAGAAGCAGAAUAUGCGCUUGAGUAUGCAAGUAUGUACAAUUUCAAAAUCCAUCAGGACAGAUUUGUUGAUCCAUUUGUCAUUUGAACCACCUGUAUGAAUGGAUUUAUGUGACGGUCAAUUAAUCUAAAUGGAAUCACAAACCUUGAAUACAUUCACCAACCAAAAGAUUAAUCUUUGCAGAAUUUUAGACAGAGGUUCACUAUUCCAAUAGCUCUUGUAAUAUGACUUACACACUCACAUUACAUAUAUCAUAUGAUAUAAGCCAAUUUAGGUAUUUCAUUCAUGCUGUUUAUUUGCCAUAUCUCUUAGUAAUGGAAUGCACUGCCAGUAUUGCAGUGCACAAUGCAGGGCACACUGCCAGUGUGGCAGUGCACAUCUGUGUUUCAAAUGCUGCUUCAUCCAACCUGAACCAGCCAUCAUCUUCACUCGGCCAAUAAUGUGGAACUGAGUAAGACAAUCUCACCUCUUUUAUUCAUUAAUACAAUUAUAGAUAUAAUAAUAUAUCAUCAAUGUAUAUUAUCUAUAUUUAUAAUAACUGUUUUCAUAUGUUGUAACAAUCCAAAACAUGUCUUAAAUCAUAUUAAUACUUAAAAUAAAAGUGCUAUUUUAAAUUA